AUGAUCGAUUCGCUCGUGAACUCAAUUGCAAAAGUGAACGAUGAUAAAAGGACACAAUCCGGGCCUGUAGGGCUCACGUUACGCACGGAGAGCGAGUACAUCGAUCGAUUGCACCAAUUCAUAUUCCCAUCCUGGUUCAUCAACAUCAACUGGCGCACGAACCAGGCGCUGUACUAUUCGCCGGAGCUUCUGGCAACGUCUAACGCGCGUACGCUUUGCUUCCCUCCCAUCGGUAGUAGAAUCCGCACACCGCGGUUUUGCGGUGAGUUGUGGACAAAUUUUGAUCGAUCGUGCGCGCCGAGCGACCUCGAAGGCCGAAGUGCGGGGUUGUUGUACGUCCACACGAUGGAGCGUCUUCGUGCUAUCCAGUCGCGGUUUCCGACCUCGGUAGUUGAUCUGAUACUGCUUGAGAGCCAAGAAGACAUGCAAGCGUGUCGAGGAGGACUCACGUCGCUCGGAUUCAGACGAUCCGAUGUCAGUGCAGUGAUCCGCGCCCGCAAUUGCAGCGACCCGAGCUCUUGCGAGACUGUGUACGUGGACGACUAUCGGUACGAAACUGGUCUGUUAAUCUCCGACGUCGUCCAGUGG